GAUGAGUACAGGUACCGAGUGAAGUCCGUUCUGGUAUGAAGCGAAGCGACGCUGAAGUGGAGUGAGCUGAACAAGUGGGCAGAAGUCGUGUCGGAGAGCUGCGCAUUUAGAAAUUCGCUACUCCAGGCAUGAGCAUCGCGUCGUGUGUGUACAUCGAUAAGAGAAAAUGAUUUGCAGAGUAGCGGGAACAGGAAGAAAUGCUGAUAGAGACAUGGGACAACACCGUCUGAACUCAGUGCCCACUUCAUGUAUUAUCGAUGAUGUGUUGCGAGAGAUUACGGCGCUGACUACCUCCCGCUGGUGCUAGGAAAUGUAGGGUGAAAUGUUACUUAAGACGGUUUGCAGUCCUCCGAAACAACAGUCCCAGCAUUACGUUCUCCACCUCGUACGCAUUAGUUGGCAGCUGAGGUCAUGAGUUCUGCUUCUAAUAUCUGCGGCCGAGCUGAACCCAUCGCUGCAACAGACGAACAAGAGCAGGUUGACCGGGUCAAAAGAGGGCUGAGUCUAAGGAUUGGCGAGCCUCUACGAAGAGAAAACCUGUGAAGUGGAUUAGCGAAGGCAGAGCUAGGAGAGCUUGAGGGCUAAGUUCCUGAGGAAAUACAAAAUCUGUAAUGUGCAAUUACAGACUGCGAACCUGGAGUCGUGGUUUAGAAAGAUGGGACCCGAUAAUCGAUUCUGUAGGAUUCGGUUAUCAUCUGUUACGCACUGAAAGCAACCGAAAGAACAGCAGCUGCGGGUAGUGCUCGGGAGAGGACUAGGACGUCACAAUGAUCUCGAGGGGCUUGUUCGGGUGGUCACCUCCGCACGUGCAACCUCUAACUCCCGUGUCUGAAGUAUCAGAACCACCAGAAUCGCCGUCACCUUACUUAGACUUUGGAUCGGAACAAAUACAGCUAGAUGAGGAACCUCAAGGUGAAGAACUGGACGGUGUCGAGCAACCACAAGCUGCUGUUCCAUUCUUGAAGCUGUUUGCAUAUGCCACGCCGCUGGAUUGGCUGCUCAUGGCCCUCGGUUUCGCGGCGGCGGUAGCGCACGGCGUGGCAUUACCUCUUUUUCUUCACUUUUUUGGCAAAAUUAUCAAUUUGUUUGGCACUUAUCGUCAAGACUUUGAAGGCGGAAGCGCAGUUGCCUAUCUUAACGAUGAGUGCUCUAAGUAUGCUCUUUACAUCGUGUACAUUUCCGGAGGGGUUCUUUUGGCUGGCUGGAUAGAAAUUUGUUGUUGGAUAUACACAGGAGAGCGGCAGGCUGCCGUGAUCCGAUCAAAGUAUGUUCAGAUUCUGCUGAAACAAGACAUGGCAUUUUUUGACACGUAUGGCAGUAGAGGGAGUAUAGUCAGCCAGGUUUCAAAUGACGCUCUACUUGUACAAUAUGUGCUAAGCGAGAAGGUCGGGAACUAUGUACACAAUAUGGCAACCUGUAUCUCUGGUUUUGCUGUGGGGUUUGUCAACUGCUGGCAGAUUGCGCUGUUAACGUUAGGCACCGCGCCAUUUAUUGUUGCUGCUGGAGGCAUCUCCAACCUCUUUCUCAAUCGAUUAGCUGAGAUGGUACAGGAGGCUUAUGCCGAAGCAGCUGCUAUUGCAGAGCAGGCAAUAUCCUAUGUCCGAACUGUAUACUCCUUCGCAAACGAGACUACUGUGAAAUAUUCUUAUGCAAACGCAUUGCAAGCUACCUUGAGAUAUGGCGUCUUGAUUAGCCUUGUCCAAGGGGUGGGACUCGGGUUUAUCUACGGAAUUGCUCUGUGCUCCUGCUCUCUACAGUUUUGGGUUGGGAGAUUUCUUAUCAGGAAGCAUGGCGUGACGGGCGGCGAAAUUAUUGCAGCAGUUUUUGCGAUUAUUUUGAGUGGACUAGGUCUGAAUCAGGCAGCUACCAACUUCCAAGCUUUUGACCAAGGCCGCAUUGCUGCUCAUAGGCUAUUUGACAUGAUUAGUCGAAUUAUGCCACCACCUGCGCCGCCACCGGAAGCAAAAAUCCUUGCAGAUGUUCAAGGAACCAUAGAGUUAAGAAAUGUAUAUUUCAGCUAUCCUUCCAGCCCCGAUAUACCCAUCUUAAGUGGGCUGUAUCUCACUAUACCUGCAAGGAAGACUGUUGCCCUUGUUGGGAGUAAUGGUUCAGGCAAGAGCAGUGUUAUCUCAUUGAUCGAGCGCUUCUACGAUCCAACUUUAGGUGAAGUUCUACUGGAUGGGGAGAAUAUCAAGGGCCUGAAAGCUGACUGGCUGAGAAGCCAAAUUGGCCUUGUAAGUCAAGAAGCUGCUCUGCUUGCCUCCAGCAUUCGAGACAACAUUCUGUACGGUCGGAUUGCGAGUAUUGAUGAGAUCGAAGAGGCAGCGAAGAUGGCACAUGCGCACACGUUCAUCAGCUCACUUCCUGAAGGAUAUGACACACAGGUUGGUUAUGGUGGCCUGGUUCUCUCCGAAGAAAAAAUGCUGAAACUUGCAAUAGCAAGAGCUGUGCUGAAGAAUCCACCUAUCCUUCUUCUUGAUGAGGCCACAAGUAAUCUUGAUGCAGAUGCUGAAAGGAGUGUCCAGGAAGCUCUUGACAUUCUCAUGUUAGGGAGGUCCACAGUGGUGAUAGCUCAUCGGCUCGCCAGUAUUCGUAAUGCAGAUGUUAUCGCAGUUCUUCAAGAGGGUCUGCUGGUGGAGCAUGGAACGCACGACGAGUUGAUUAGAGUUGAUGGAUCCUACGCAGACCUCAUUCGGUUUCAGGAGACGGCCAAACCGGCGAGAAGGUCCCGAAGAUUUGAAGUCUCUCCAUUCCCAGUAUCAGAUCAGUUGUCCCCUCCGUCGACAGCACCCCGAUCUGCUACUCCCCCACUGUGCAAGUCGCCUUCUCUCAAGAGACAAAACGGUGUCAGAUUACCGGACUUUGCCAAGUUGAUCGAAUCUCCUCCAAAUCCGAGUCCACCUCCGGGCAAAAAGCAUGACAGCAGUGACUUUUCAUCGGAUUCUUUUGACAAGCAUAUGGGCCUUAGUGCCCCCGCUAUCAGAUGGCACGAAAUUCCUGAUGCACCAGCUCUUCAAAGUCUUAACCUUGAGGCUCAGCCAUCAACUCAAACUCAGGAGUCUCACUCUCCGAAAACUUCGUUUGAAGCACUGCCGAGCAAGACAUCAUUCGAAGGAUCACUCAAGAAUCUUGAGGUGCCAUCUCUUCCUCCCUUGGAAGUUCGCCCUCCUCAUCAGCGGCAAUCGUCCAAUAUGUCUGAUCCAGAAUCACCUGUUUCCCCAUUGUUGACUUCUGACCCCCGACGAGAACGAUCACACUCAAAGAACUACACGAGGACAAUAUCGGAGCUUGUUGAAACUGAGGAGAAACAUGAACCACCGGAGGUAUUUCUCUCAGAAAAGCCGUCUCUCAUGAGGCUUGCCAAGCUCAGCUCUCCAGAGUGGUUUUGUGCUCUUUUAGGCAGCUUAGGGGCAGCGCUCUUCGGUUCUUUCAAUCCUCUUUUCGGUUUCAUCCUUUCCGAACUUGUACAUACUUACUACAACGCCGAAGGGGACGAAUUGAAGAAACAAGUGAGCAAGUGGUGCUUGAUCAUUAUGGGCAUGGGGAUUGUGACGGUGGUUGUAAACUUCCUCCAACACUUUUACUUCGGCAUCAUGGGUGAGAAGAUGACAGAGAGGGUGCGCCGGUUGAUGUUUUCAGCAAUUCUGCGGAACGAAGUCGGUUGGUUUGAUAAGGAGGAAAACAGCAUCGAUGUGCUGUCUAUGCGGCUUGCAAAUGACGCCACUUAUGUUCGAGCCGCAUUCAGCAACAGACUGUCAGUGCUAAUACAGGACGCUACCUCCAUUUUGGUGGUACUUCUGGUGGGGAUGUUGAUGGAUUGGCGCCUUGCAGUAGUCGGACUGGCUACAUUCCUUCCUCUGACAUUUGCAGCGGUGACCCAGCAAUUAUGGAUGAUGGGGUUCUCUGGAGACAUCCGUGAAGGGCACAGCAAGGCUCGUCGAGUGCUGGAGGAGGCGGUUGCAAACAUUCACAAUAUCUUCGCGUUCAACGCCGAGAGGAAGGUGCUGCAUCUCUUCAAGCAACAAAUGAAAGUGCCUCUGUGGCGCAGCUUCGUUCGAGGCCAAGUGAGCGGCCUGGUCUUCGGGGUAUCGCAGUUCUUCUUGUUCGCCUCCAACGCCAUGGUUCUCUGGUACAGCGCAAGGCUUCUGGAGCGUCAUGCCCAAUUCCAGGAAGCGGACUUUCCUCGUCCCCUCCGAGGAUACCUUGUCUUCUCGUUCGUGACGUUUGUGAUGAUCGAGGCCUUCGGCUUGGCCCCACUCAUCCUCAAACGGCGCUACUCCAUUCUUCCUGUCUUCGCCAUCAUCGAUCGAAAGCCUAAAGUGGAGAGCGAAGAUCACGUGGGCCUGAAACCAGCUCAAAUCGCUGGACGCUUGGAGUUCCAGGAUGUGGAAUUCAUGUAUCCUACGAAGCCGGAAAUCGUCAUUUUACACAAUUUCAAUCUGAAGGUGGAAGCGGGACAAACUGUAGCCAUCGUGGGGACCGCCGGAUCAGGAAAGACUUCCGUGCUUUCGCUCAUGGAGCGAUUUUACGAGCCCCAGUACGGUCGCAUCCUUCUGGACGGCAAGGAUUUGAAGCUUCUCAACGUGAGGUGGCUCCGGAGUCACAUGGGGCUCGUCCAGCAGGAGCCCGUGCUCUUCUCGACGACCAUUAGAGAGAACAUCAUGUACGCCCGACCGAAUGCAACGGAAGCGGAGAUGACAGAGGCUGCGAGAAUUGCCAACGCUCAUCAUUUUAUUUGCAGUCUGCCACACGGAUACGACACACACAUCGGAAUGAGGGGCUUGCAAUUAUCUCCCGGGCAAAGGCUUCGAAUCGUCAUUGCCAGAGUGGUUCUGAAGAAUCCGCCUAUUCUUCUGAUCGACGAGGCCUCCUCUGCGGUCGAAGCCGAUUCCAACCGAGUGGUUCAGGAAGCUCUGGACCAGCUGAUCAUGGGCAGCAGAACCACCAUCGUUGUCGCCCACCGCCUCGCCCUUUUACGCCGGGUCGAUACGGUUGCUUUGUUACAUGACGGACAGAUUGUGGAGGAAGGCAGCCACGAUACGCUUAUGACCAAGCUCGGCCUCUAUGCCCGCCUCAUGCAACCCCAAUUCAAUAGAAAUCUUCGGCAACAUAGAAGUUCCUAAUUCAAUUCUAUUCUAUCAUAAAAUUUACUGGGUUGCUUGCUGCCGGAUACGCAGGGCAGCACCUCAAUUUUGUGGGCAUUUUAGAUGGUAAAAUCAAGUUCGUAGAAGGUUUGCAUAGAUUCGUCUGCCAAAGUGGCUGUGUCUUAUUCCAUGUAACAUCAAAUUCUGAAUUUGCUCGACUUAGAAUCUCAAUCAUCCAAGCCUUAUGGUUUGCUGACCAACCACCCAUGGCCCCGCAGAGCCAUAGACGAGGACUUAACUUCCUCGUGUCCAACGGAGUUUGUUUGCACUGCUUGGGAAAGCAAGAAGCAUCGUCGUCUCUGCGGUGCAGUUCAUGUGCCCUGUCUGGAGGCUCUUCUGUCGAAUCUAGUUCCUCGAGGCACCAGAGAGCACGAGGGGAUGCAAGGUCGAAUCGAAGCUCAAGCACAGACGAUGGGAUGGGAGAUCCCGAGGCUCCGUCCCAGCUUUUGAUGAGUUUGUUGGCUGCAUCGUGAUGUUGUUCACCUAUGUUGAGAUUCAUGCACUUGCUGCACUAAGGUCGAUGGCGCAGUGGCAGGCAGGCUGGCUUCAGCUGGUAGCUGUACCGUGGCUCAUUGAAAGCUUCUCUCCAGCAGCUCAGCAUUGCAGAUUAUAGGCAGGCGAUCAGGCAGGCAGGCUACUCAAGCGAGCAAGGGUGCACUGCUCGGUUGUUAGCACACUGGAAAGCUGGACACGGCCGAGGCCUUGCUUUGCAGUCAGACCGAGGAAGGUACAAUUGGGAUGAUUCUCUCUGAGAAGGCAGAUCCUAAUGGCAAUCCGCAAGUGUUGGCAAGUGGACAUGUGACCGAAACAAUCAAUCAAUCAAUCAAUGCUUGAGUAAAAGACGUGAUCGUUGACAGAUUCGCAAGUCUUGAGAACGAGGCUGGGGUCGAACCUUCCGAGGCUGCUGCUGCUUCCUUCCUCCUUCUGCAGGCUGUCCUCUCCUUGUGUCUCGUCGCCAGGGGUCUACGAUGCAAUUUCUGCUGGAAUGUGGGCUUCCUUCGAGGCGCGUGACAUGUUGUCGCAUUCUUCCCAGUCCUGGUGCCGGAGUUGUGACCAAAGAGUAUUUAUUGUUCAUACUGUAAUUUGAAAGGACUGCGGUUGUGGAUUUGUCAGUUCAGUUCAGUAUUAGUGGAAACCCAUCCGAGCUCUGUAACCUCAAUCUGUACAUUAUAAUGGGCAGGUCUCCCUAGACCACGUCAACGAAGAAGCUAGCGAGAGACAAUUCAUUUUCCGCUUCUUAUUAAUUCGCUGCACCCCUUUUGAAACGUCCGAGGAUCAAUGACUCCAACACAGCC